AUGGACCAGGAGGAUUCUAUCACAGACCCGUUCUCCAGCCAUGGUUUGUGGAGGGUUUCCAAGUUCACCUUGCAGUCCCUGCAGCCGUUGGAGCCCUUGCCGUGGGACGAGGAGUUGCCUGAUCUUUCUGGCGGUAUUUUCAAGAGCCCCUUGAAUAUAUUCGAUAAAUAUGCGACCGAACUCCCCGGCCUUAGUACCUUCGGACCCGACCUAUUCGACCCAGAUCAGACGCUGGGAUCGACGACUGAUACGUCGAGUGAAAGUCAAUUCAAUGCAACCUUAGAUCAACACAGUAUCCAACAGGAGGAAGCAGAGGAUAUAUGGGCCCUUGGGGCUUUGGAAAUCAAGCAGGAUCGUGAAGACUUGCUGAAAUCUUGGGAGAGAUACCAUGACCAGUCAUCCCGCGAGCCCGUCCCCGCAUACUUCAGCGAGUCGGGCGCGAAAGGCUUCGACGCAGCAUUGGCGAAGCAAGCUGCAAAGUGGGGAACCCAGACCCAAAGAUUUAUGGUCCAGAAAGAUGUUCUCUUCCAGGCUUUGCUCAAGCUUGGGUUGGGUUGGAACUCCAUGUUCUUCCGUUACAAUGAACAGAAGAGGCAGUUCGAACGCGUGCACAAUGAUAUUCGGAUUUCAGGAAUUACCUCAACUUCACUAAAUGGGAUAAUCGAGGAGCUGCUUCACUGCGGAACAGACAUACAGAGAAUACGUCUUUUCGUUGGCAAGGUGCCUAUCAAGUCGAACGAACCCUCCGCUCUCUCCGCCUUUUCUGGUGCUGCUGCUGUAGUUGUCCAUACGCUCGAGAAGCAGCUUGUUGGGCAAUUCGGAAGUAUCGCCUCGUUGCUUCAGAUCAGGGCACUAUUCCACGAAUGUGGAAAGGUAGUGAGCGUUCUCGCGAAUAUGGUCAGUGCCCUUGAUGGGGCAGUUUCUGAGGCCCAGAUAGUUUCGGUUGUUUCUGAACGAGCCGCUCACUUUUCGCAAACUUUCGACCACAUGGAGGCUCUUUUACGCGAAAUUGUGAAUCGAGUGACUGAACCUUGGCUCACGCUUGUGGAAACCUGGGUUGGCCUUCGCCCGGAGACAUCGACAUCGAUUGAGCUGGCUUCGAGUGGCAGGAGCUUUGUGGUCGUGGAGAGCCAGGCAGAGAAUAAAAGGGCGCUUUCAAAGACGCCGAAGGUCGACUAUAGAUAUUUGCCUGACCAGAUGCCCCCUUUCAUUCCCACAGAUUUAGCAUCCUUGAUUUUUGAAAGUGGACGAAGUCUCCGGCUUCUCAAAAGGAACCACCCACAGCAUCCCAUUGCUAACCACGAAAUGCGCGAUGCUCAUACGCCUAAAUUUGAAUGUGCAAGUACGUGGUUCGAUAUCGAGAGAAUACAGAAGAAGGCUUCUGAGUAUGAAGCCAAACUUCGCUCUGAGAUACUGAGGUAUAACCGUGGCGAUUACUGCAGGGGGGUAGAGGCAACCCCCUCUACCGAGGGUUCUGGUAAUGCUGAGGAUCGCGAAGUGCUCACAGGCACUUAUGAACUCUUUGAUCUCGACCAUGUGCCUAAUGCCACGGGGUUGUUACACAAAGACAGAACUUCCGAGAAGGAUAAGCUCGGGCAUCUGCUUGACGGAUCCCAGAAUCUUGAGCUAUCCGCAGCUCAACGCGACUUCGGCCCAGACCUGACAUCGUCCUUUUAUCUAUCCUUGGCGCCCCUCCUCUCCUCUCAGGCGCUCCUGAUCGAUUUCUCCUGUCUCCAUCUUCUGUUCAAAGAGCAUCAGCUCCGAUCUCACCUUACUUUACAAUGGCGGUUUCAGCUCCUUGGUGAUGGCUUUUUCACGUCCCGUCUUUCUAAUUCCCUCUUUGAUCCUGACAUGGAGAGUGGUGAACGGAAAGUCGGCGUGGUACGAAGCGACGUUCACGCUGGCUUGCGUCUGGGAAGUCGAGAUACAUGGCCUCCAGCAAGCUCUGAAUUGCGGCUCGUGCUUAUAGGGCUGCUUAACGAAUGCCACGAUGCGGAUGAUCACCUGGACAUUCCGACCCAUGCUGACCGACGCAAUGAGAAAGAGCUACCUGGUGGCCUAAGUUUCUCUAUUCGAGACCUUACGGACGAAGAGAUCGGGAAAUGCAAGGACCCGAAUGCUAUCGAGGCGCUUGAUUUCCUUCGGCUACAAUACAAACCUUCUGCUGUUCUAGAGACCAUUCUGACGCAGCGUUGCCUUAACAAAUAUGACCGUCUUUUCAAGCAUUUGCUCCGACUGCUGCGCAUGGUAUCGGUCGUCAAGAGACUCAUUCGAGACUCAACGGUGAGGGGUUCCCAGUCUGGUGAUACGCGGAAUGUGCUGCAGAGAUUUCGGGUUGACUCUCAGCAUUUCGUACUCGCCAUAAGCGACUAUUGCUUUCACGUCGGAAUUGGAUCGACAUGGCGACGAUUCCAGGAGGCCCUUUCCAAGAUUGAAUCUUGCCUAGAUCAUGGUGACAUCGAUGGCACGAUAGAAGCAGCUCAUUCGGUUCCUAGACUACGGGAUUACCAUGAGGAUGUCCUAGACCAGAUGCUUUAUGCACUUUUUCAGAGCAAAAAGCAUAACGAAGUCGCUAAACUCCUUGACGAUAUCUAUGGGACGAUUCUCACUUUUGCUCCACUGUCUCAUCUGGAUGGAGUCGAGGGUGUGCGCCACGAGACUGAGGCCACCGCUCGUCGGUUAUACAGCCUAUUCCGAAAACAAGUUUCGGCUUUCGUUGGCUACUUACGCGGCAUAGAAGGUGUUAAGUCCGCUUCAACGUCCUUAGACAGGUCGGGUAUGGCAUUCAACCCCCGAGCAGCGCCUACAACUGUUUUCGACCAUCUUCUGGCCCGGUUGGAGAUGAAGAGGUACUACUGA